AGCUGCCUUCAUGCCUGCCAACUGAGCUCCGUCCGGGGGGCCGCUGCUCUUCCCCCGCGCCCGCGUGGAUUUAGCGCCCGUGGCGGGCGCCGAGCUGUUCUGUUGGCGGCACCGCGCACCUGGUCCGGACGCUGGAGGCCAUGUUGUGGAAACUAGCAGAUAAUGUCAAGUACGAAGAGGACUGCGAGGACCGCCACGAUGGCAGCAGCAACGGGAACCCGCGGCUGCCGCACCUCUCCGCCGUCAGCCAGCACCUGUACAGCCCGGCCCCGCCGCUCUCGCACUCGGGCGCCUCCGACUUCCAGCCCCCCUACUUCCCACCCCCGUACCAGCCGCUGCCUUACUCCCAGUCCAGCGACCCCUACUCGCACCUCGGGGACCCCUUCUCCAUCAACCCCCUGCACCAGCCGCCGCCGCCGCCGCCCAGCCAGCAGCAGAGCGCCUGGCCCGGCCGGCAGAGCCAGGAGCCGGCGGGGCUGGCCCCGCACGCCCGCCCCGGGCUGGUGCCGCACCUCUCGGCGCUGGAGAGCGGCUCUGCCGGCAGCCGCAGGGAGACUUUCCGCCGCUCCGAGCUGCUGCUGCCCCACGGGCACGGGCUGGACGCCUCGGCGCUGGCCGAUAACCUGGGCCUGCACGACAUGGCCCACCAGAUGGAGGAGGUGCAGAAUGUGGAAGAUCAACACUUGCUAAUGCAUGACCAGACGGUCAUUAGAAAAGGUCCCAUCUCCCUGAGCAAGAACAGCGCCCUGAGCCUGCCGUGCCAGAAGGACGGGCUGCUCGGGGUGGUGAUCAACCCCAACGAGGUGUUCUGCUCCGUGCCGGGCCGCCUGUCCCUGCUCAGCUCCACCUCCAAGUACAAGGUCACGGUGGCCGAGGUGCAGCGGCGCCUGUCUCCCCCCGAGUGCCUCAACGCCUCCCUGCUGGGGGGAGUCCUGCGCAGAGCCAAAUCUAAAAAUGGUGGCAGAUCAUUAAGGGAAAAACUGGAUAAAAUUGGCUUGAAUCUUCCUGCUGGCAGAAGGAAAGCUGCAAAUGUGACACUAUUGACAUCUUUGGUGGAAGGUGAAGCUGUGCAUCUUGCUCGUGACUUUGGCUACGUGUGUGAGACAGAAUUUCCUUCCAAAGCAGUGGCUGAAUAUUUAACCAGACCACACAUGGGCCGCAACGAAAUGGCAAACAGGAAGAACAUGCUCCUUGCUGCAAAGCAGAUCUGUAAGGAAUUCACAGACCUCCUCACUCAGGACAGAACUCCUCUGGGGAACACGAGGCCCAGCCCCAUCCUGGACCCUGGCAUCCAGGGCUGCUUGACUCACUUUAGCCUGAUCACGCACGGCUUUGGCAGCGCUGCCAUCUGCGCUGCCAUGACAUCCGUGCAGAACUACCUAAACGAGGCGUUAAAAAUUGCAGACAAAUCCUACAUGAACGCUGGCGACCAGAGCCCCGCAGAGACCAACAAAGCCAUGGACAAAAUGGACAAGCACAGGAAGUGAAAGGAAAAAUCAGACUUUGCCCUUCCUCCUGCAACACAGACUGAGAUGAUCUUGCCAGGGGGAGCGUUGAGAUUUGGGUGGUUUUGGUCUUUUUUUUCUUUCUCUCUCUCUCUCUUCUUUUUUUUUUUUUUUUUUUUUUUUUUUUUUUUUUUUUUUUUUUUUUUUUUUUUAAAGAAAAGAGGGGAAAAAGGGAAGGAAAAACAACAACAACAAAAAAAUGCCAUUCAGGAUCUUCCCUCCUGCUGGAUCCGUGAUUCAAGUCUUGCUAAAAGCUGCAGUAUCCCUGUUGUGGAAGCAAUUUCCCUGAGGAUAAAUACUCAGGCCAAGUGUGCUGAAUCCUUUGCUGUAACAGUGGUGCUAUAAAGGGGGGGUUGAUGGAAUUAUACAGAGAUUUAUUUACAUUCCUUUUCCACAUCUCGGUACCUGGUGGGUGACCAGAUUCAUGGUAGUUUUUAAGAGACAGAUUUUAGGGAUUUGUUUUGCUCUCUGAUACAAUUUCAGGGGUUCAUUUUCUCGAAACGCAACAGUGACAAUAAAGCAGUAUUAAACAUUGGUACACAGAUUUAUGUACAUUAAAAAUUUUUUAUGAAUACCUGAAAUAGUAAGAAUAUUCUGUGGGGUUGUUUUGUUUUAUUUUUUUUUGUUCUCUUUUUUUUUGUUUGUUUCCUUUAUUUUCAGAUUAACAUAGGAGAGUACUAAAAUCCUACUAGACUUACGAUGGCAUUUGACAUGCUUGUUUUUUACAGAAAUGUUCAGGCUUUUAAAAACUGCAGCAAUGUUGGCCGCAGUUUAUAUUGUCUUGGUAUUUUUUUAACGAGGACUAGUUCAAAAUGAAAAUACUUUCAGAAAAAUCACUUUCUGUGUCUAAGGAUAUUGCAGCUUUAUUCACAUAUUUAUAUUGUCUUGUUUUUAAAUCUGGGGGGGAAACUUGAAAGAAUAGGCACAUAACUUUUUUUUUUACUUUUUUUUUUUUUUUUGCCUACUAAGGCCAAAAAAUACUUCCAGGGAGGCUUUAUGUGUAUUAAGGGAAGCAGUGUGUUGAAUGUAAAUAUUUAUUUAUGUGUAAUUUAAUCGGAUUUGUAAAUACUGGUGAACUUUUUAAUACUUUUUUUUAUAAAUGGGUUUCAAAUUUUAAUUUUUGGUAAGUAUUUCAAAGGUAAUGGGUAAGCUAAACAUAUCUUUAGGUUUAUGCACAGGUAUGUUAUACAGGGUAUUUAAGACUUUUUUUUUUUUUUUUUAAUCUCAAUUCUUGCCACUGAAGAUUAGAUUUAAUCUGAGGUGUUUGUUCACAAAGCAAUAAUUUUGUGCAUCAUUCACCUGAUAACUGAGUAGACAUGCAAAAAAAAAAAAAACAAAACUUGAGUGUGUGAGUUAGUGUGUAUGUGAAUAACGGAGGUUAUACGGAAUAAUUCGCAUAUUUGUAAAUGUUCCCACUAUAAUUCUGAUGUAUAUGAUAACCAUACAAUAAAAGUAUUCUGGCUAGAAGCAUGGAAUGUUUUGUUAACUGGGAGCAGCUCUGUUUCCUUUCUCUGCUCGGGGAGCGUGGGGCGAGUAGCACUAGAGGACAUUUAUGUAUUGAGUCAUAAUUGCAGCACUUUGUUCGGAUUAACAGAACAGAAAGAUGAAGCUGUUUGCCAGUAAAACUAAUGGUUUCAAUUAAACACGUUAUGUAUCUCCAAGAAUCUUUUUUUUCUUUUUUUUUUCCCUUUCCUAAGAUGUCAUGGUUUUGCCUUCUGCCUGCUGAAAUAGGCAGCUCAAACACAAACCCUGCCUCUCAAUAAAAACCAAUCCCACCAGCUUUGUCCCCUGCUCGAUCUGCCUGCAUUGCAAUAACCUGUCUAAAUAGCCACAAAAACCCAGCGUGUGGAAUUUCAGAGGUCUCCAGUCCAGUUCUGGCCCAAUUUUACUGAUUUGAGGAAGUUUAGGUUUCGCAGAAAGUCCUCAAAGUGCUCUGUGCCACAGGGUUGAGGCAGGAACUGGAAUUUUGGGUGUCUCAGAUGUAAAAUAACCAAAUAAACCUUCCUGAAGGGAAACUGGGCUCUUUUUUCCCCAGUGCUUUCUGCAAAGGAACCUAAACCUGGCCUUCAGUGUGUCCCUGAGCUGAUCAGUCCUUGGAGGUGGCACUGGGCUGCCAGGUGAGAAUCCAGAUCACAUCACAGCAAUGCUCCUUCCAGAGAUGUAAAAGAGGAAAAUGUACCAGGUCUGAGCACCUCGCUCAUCGAUCAUUUCUAUGUUCUCAUUCUCCCUUUAAGGCACAAAUGUAAACCACUGGAGGUGUGCAGGGAGAGGAAAAGAAAGGGAAGCACAAGGAAAUGAACUCCUGUCAGUGGUGAACCGGGGAAAAAGCUGGGUUUGAGUUGCAAUCCAGUCCCCUUCUCUCCUAAAGAGGUGUGAAAUUCCAGCCUUUGCAUUUGUUAGACUCAUUGUAGCAUUUCAGAAAUGAGCAUUUGGGACCAUCUGUAGGCACAGGCACAGCCAGGACACAUGAUGGCUAACAGAACUCCUGAAAAACACAAACAAGCUGCCCUUCUGAGGGGUGUUUUUAUGGAUUUGAUGUAUUUAUACACAGAAAUCUGCCGGCUACGGUGAGAGCUUGUUUAGAGAGUGCAGUGCCACAGCUCUGUUCCUUUUUUCCUCCUCCUGCUGCUGGGCUGCUUAUCCAGCAUAUAUAGGAAGAUAUUCGAGCUACCAGACAAUGGAAUCUUGCCUUUUUUCUUUUCUUUUUUUUUUUCUUUUUUUGGUUAUUAAUACAAAAAACCAGGCAGUGAAAUAAUUGCCCCUUGGGAUAGGAAAUAAGGAUGUUUCCAUUUAUUCCUGCGUGCAUUCAAGCCAAGCCAGUCAAUUGUCUAAUGUACUGACUGGGGUUCUAUUCAUAUGUGUGGAACAUUCGAAAUGUGCAGUUUCCAUUACCUUAGAGCUUUUCUUUACUCUGCAUUUGAGCUGGGAUAUUCUUUUGAAGCCCAACCACCUUCUGAGCUGUGCCAGCACCACGAAACAACACCAAUGCCUCCUGUUCCAUCCCCUGAAGAGGAGAGUUAAAAUUGUCUCACCCAAAGUUAUUAAUCUUAAGGAAUAUGUUAAAAUAUUUGGAAUCUAAAAGGAGGAGUGAUCUGAACACUCAAGAGGGCACAUGCUUCUUCCUGAUCCUCGAAAUUUUGUGUUUUUUACUGUUUUUACAUUGUUUAUUCCUGAGCUGGCUAAAAAAUAAAGAAGUUUUAAUGUAAGACUCUUCAGAAGUUCCAUUUUUCAUUUCCUUUGAAAACUGAUGAUUCAAAUCACUCUGUUCAACCCUUUUCCCUUGCCCAUCUCCCAUCAAAAGAAAAUCUUUGGUCAUAACGUGAAGGAAAAACACUUUAAACUGGUGGGGGUUUAAAAGUAAAAAUUAUUAAAGCUCUGCCCUCCUACAAAAAAUUUGAUACAUAACCAUAAAAUAGUUGGAUUCAUGUUACUCAGUCAAAAACUGCCUUGAGGGAAAAGAAAAUAUUCCAAACACCUCCUGCCUGGUUGGCAGCAGUGGGCAUGAGGAUGUUGGGCUGUGCCCAGGUGGGUCCAUGGCAGGCAGGGAGCUGCUCCUUCCCCGUGUGGCAACCAAGGGCAUGGCCUUGGCCACCUCACCCCUGAGAGAGACCUGAUUACCCCACAGCAUCCACUGAAACCUGAGGGUUAGUCAGGAGUCCUCUUGGAGCUGUGUGACUUCAUGGCAUUGCUGCUUUCUGUUUUAAAAGAAAUAUUUUUUCCCCCGGUGUCUGCAGCUUCUGAGAGAAAUAAUGAUGCAAAGCUAGUAAAAUAUUAAAUAAAAAUAGAACUUUUGUCUUAAUUUAGUCACUGAUUUUGGGUCACUUUCUUUUUGACUCUGUUUUAAUCUGCCCUCCACUUAUUUAU